AUGAAGCUAAAUCUCAAUCGCGGCGAGGCUCUCAACCUCGACGUCCUGCUCAACAUCAUGUCGCUAUCAGACAUGUGCACCACCUCCCGCCUCAUGCGUGCAUCCCGCGAGCUCUACCCCGAAGGCCCCAAAUAUCUCCUCCGCGACUCCGCAGGCCUGGGCAACACAGCACACGUCCCCUCCUUCGUCGCGUUCAUGCGUGCAGACUAUCCACACCGCCUCCACCUCCUCGACUCGCUCUACAUCUCCACAGGACGCGUCCCGAAGGCCGACGCCCGCCUCUUACAGCACUUCAUCGCCGACAGCGCGCCCCUGCUGGAGCUCCGGCGGCUGGCCAUCACCCAUGCGGAGGAGUUCUUCGAGUCGACUCGGGGCAUGGCGCGCGCAUUUGGGCUGCUUCGCGGGGUCAAGGAGCUCACGCUGUCGGAGGUUGGGCCGCGCACGAGCGUCUUCCUGAGGAGCUCGCAGUCGCGCCUGGUGUUCGCCGACCUCGCGAUGAUCCCUCUUCCUUUCGAAGAAGACAGUGACCAGAGCCUCGCGCGUGACGGAGACGAGGUCGGAGACGACCACGAUGAGAACGGAGACGACCACGAUGAGGACGGAGACGACCCCUAUGAAGGCGACAAUGAAGACGAGUACGACGAUGGCGCAUACAUCAACUACGAAGACUGGGACGAGUCGGACGACGAAGAAGACAACGACGACGCGGAGGAAGACAGCGGGGACGACUCGGAGCCCGAGGCCGAGGACUUCGGGAACCCGAUCCUGCAGCUGCACACCUCCCAGGCGACCCUCCAGCUCCUCAAAGUCCGCGCAUGCGACACCUUCUCCGACACCGGCGCCCCGUACACGCACGUCUACCCGCACGUCUGCGCGCUCACGCUCGAAGCAAACGAGCCGCCCGCCGCGGCGCACUACGCGCGCGCGUUCCCCAACCUCGACACGCUCACGCUCCGCUGCGACGCGCGCGAGCUCGCCCCGCUCGGGACGGACCUCCAGGUGUGGGACGCCUUCCGCGUCGCGAACCAGCGCCAUCUGCGCGCUGGGGCGGCGUGGCCCGCGCUGCGCGUCGUGCACGGGGCGCUCAUGGACCACUUCCUGCUCGGGCUCGCGCGCCCCGUCGAGCAGGUGCACAUCGAGGGCUGCUACAUGAACAUCAUCAUGUUCCGCGCGGUGGUCGAGGCGACGCGCCCGGCGUACGUGAACCUCAACGCGUUCGACGUCGACCUCUUCCGCGACGGCGCGUUCACUCUGCUCAUGCGCGGGCCGCUGCUCGCGCCCGUCCGCUGCUUCGAGAUCAUGCUCGCCUUUGGGGGCGUAGUCGAGCCCGCGCAGGUCGACGUGCCCAACGCACUGGACGCGCUCAUCGAGGGCAUCGGCAAGAUGCCGUCCUUACGCUCUUUUGGGCUGACCCUCAACUGCCUCGGCCUCCAACCCGACGGGGAGCUGCUGCGGGUCGUCGCGCGCCCCGGCAAGCUCUGCCCCGCGGAGGUGCACCUGCGCUCUCUCGACCUCGACGCGCUCGCGCUCCGCAUCUGCAACGCCGUGCCGGGGCUGCGGACGGUCGCGAUCUCGCUCAUCGGGCACCGCGCGCGGCCGAACGCGUUGGCGAGUCUCGGCGAGGAUGUGCGCUACGAGAAGGAUGCGGUAGAACGGUUGCCGCUGUGGCACGCGAGGUGUUCAGGACAGGGACGAUUCGGGCUCGAAACUGGAUACGGCUAUGGCCCGACACGUGUUAGGCGCGCGUGCAUCACGGCCCGUGCGCACGAAGUUCGACUUGGACUCAUCCCACUGUGUCUUGCGUCUCAUUUCUCCGUAUAUUUCGGCUGGUUUGCUAUGGACUAUCUGCCCAUGGUGAUGCAUGAGUGUAGUGAGCGCGGCAGCUUUUCUGAUCAUGAGACUGUUGCGCCUGGUCAAUCUCCAAGCUCGCGACCUGGUGGCCUCUACUCAUUCUGCCCUCCUUCAGGCUUCGGCAGUGCUGAAACUUGGCCGUCGAAGGCCUGUUGGAUACUACUCAAAGCCUCCGACGAUCGCAGGCCCAGAAUGUUCCAGACGCCCCGGGGGCAGU